UCCGGUUCCGGGUCAGCGGGAGGGGGUCCGGGGGGGCCGCGCUGCAGCCGCCAUCGCCGCCGCGAUGCCGAAAGGAGGUAGAAAAGGAGGCCACAAAGGCCGAGCCAGGCAGUACACGAGUCCAGAGGAGAUUGAUGCCCAGCUCCAAGCAGAAAAGCAGAAGGCAAGGGAAGAAGAGGAGCAAGAAGAAGGAGGUGAAGGAGCAACAGGGGACCCAAAAAAGGAGAAGAAGUCUUUAGAUUCAGAUGAGAGUGAUGAAGAUGAUGAGGAUUAUCAGCAAAAGCGCAAAGGAGUGGAAGGGUUGAUAGACAUAGAGAACCCCAACAGGGUCAUCCAGACAACCAAAAAAGUCUCUCAGCUGGACCUGGAUGGGCCAAAAGAACUCUCCCGACGAGAGAGAGAGGAAAUAGAGAAGCAAAAGGCAAAAGAAAGGUACAUGAAGAUGCACCUAGCUGGAAAAACAGAGCAAGCAAAGGCAGAUCUGGCCAGGUUAGCCAUCAUCCGGAAGCAAAGGGAAGAAGCUGCCAGAAAGAAAGAAGAAGAAAGAAAAGCAAAAGACGAAGCAGCCAUGGCAGGUAAAAGACUGCAGUCACUAUCCCUUAACAAGUAGGCACAGGACAGGCAAGAGGAGGAACCACCAGGGAACUGUGCCUGGUGCCUGCCAGGAACUCUGUUGUGUUGCAUCCCAUCACUGCCACGUAGGGUGUGCUGCAGCAUCCAAGUCACCUCCACCUCCCAAGAGACACCAACGAUGUGUUUGUCUUCAUCCUGGUGCAGAUUUCCAUUUGGGGUUAGGGGCAGCUGCUGCCUUGGGUGCAGAUUCUGAACAGCAAUUCUCUGUAACAGUUUGGAAACUUGAAUGUUUUGGCUGGUUUUAGGGUUAAGAACUCCUAGCUGGGGGAGGGGGAGGGGGGGGCAUGGGAGGGGGAGGGAGCUGUGUGGGAGGGGAGAUGCUUCACAUUUUAGAUUGCAAGAAAAUAGAUUGUGGGGUCAUUGUGGGGUGGGGCAUGGGGGAGGGGGAACUUUGACUUGCUGAUGAGAGCCUGAGGGAUGGUGUCUUGAGGAAUCCUGUGGGACACAUGGCCCAUCAUGUUCUGCUGCAGGGUGUUGCAGUGUAAUCUGGGAGCUUGACUUCAUGGACAUAUGGAGUGCUGUUCCUUCCCACUUUCACCUCUCCUUUCUUGCAGCCAGUCUCCCUCUUUUCCCUCCUCUUCAUUUUUUUUUUUUUUUUGCCUUCUCCUUAGUAGGGAUAGUGCCAGUUUUUAACCACAUCAUCCUUUGUUUAAAGGAAAACAAGAAAACCACAUUAAUUGUACCAGACCCAGAUGGAAAAAAAAAAAGGAAAAAAAAAAACUUGAUAAAGUUUAAAAAAAAAAAAGCCAAACCGAGAGAACUUGUAUAUUUGGCUGAUUAAAAUGUAAAUUAUCAUAA